AUGACAACCCAUAUUCCCUUAAUUAUCGGCGGCCAGGACGUCGCGACCAAGAAAACUUUUGACGAAUUCUCCCCAGAGGGCAAGCUUCUCCACCAGGUGCACUACUUGGAGAACGUGGCCGACACCCUGCAGGUGUGCCGCGCCGCCGAAGCUGGUUUCCACAGCUGGCACAAGACCAAGUGGACGGAGAAGGCACGGAUUCUAAAGGCUGUCGCGCUGAAGAUAGAGGAACGCAAGGCGGAGCUCGUGGCAGCACACUUGGAGAUUGGUAUUCCGCCGUGGUUUGCCGGCUUCAACGUUGACGGGUCAGUGGACCAGGUCCAGAAUUAUGUUGGCCAGUUGGCCAACGCGCAGGGUUCGAUGCAGCAGUCGGAAGCGUAUGCUUUGGCUUUGGUGGUAAGAGAACCGCUUGGAGUUGUGUUGUCAAUUUCGCCGUGGAACGCGCCGGGGAUUUUGGCUAUGCGCUCCAUUUUGGCCCCGUUGGUUGCUGGUAAUGCGGUGAUUGUCAAGGCGAGCGAAAAAUCUUCCAAGAUUGCCUACCUUUUAGUGAAGUGCUUUAUUGAUGGAGGGGUUCCGGCAGAGACUAUUUCUUUGAUUCACUCUCCGCCUCAGGAGACUGCAGCGUUGGUGGAAAACUUCAUUGCAGACCCAGUGGUUAAGAAGAUCAACUUUACGGGCUCUACAGCCGUAGGUGCCGCGAUUGCCGCCACUGCGGGGAAGCACUUGAAGCCGGUACUUAUGGAGUUGGGGGGAAAGAACUGCGUGGUUGUGACGGAGGACGUGGCGGAUUUGGACAAAUGUGUCGCCAACACCACCUGGAGCGCUUGGAGCCACAGAGGACAGAUUUGUAUGAGCACUGAGCGCGUUUUGGUGCACGAAAGCGUAUUUGACGAGUUUGUGGCGAAGGCUAAGCUGGUUGGUGCUGCAAUGCUCAAGGAAGACAAGGACUUGCAGCUUCUCCAGAGAGAUCCAGUAUAUGCCCAGAAGAUCAAGUACUUGCUCAAGGAUGCUGUAUCCAAGGGUGCGGUGAGCUUGUUGGGCGCUUCUGGAAACCAUGCGAGCGAAGACUACUCUCUCAGGCCGACCAUUCUCACCAACGUCACCGAAGAUAUGGAAAUCUACACCACUGAAACGUUUGGCCCGGUGUUCUUUGUUGAAAAGUACGACACGACUGAAAACGCCAUCAGCUCCGUGAAUGCUUCCCAGUACGGCUUAAAGUGCUCCAUCUGGUCUGGCAAUCACUUGAGAGCGUUGGAAAUGGCGCGUGAGAUCCAGUCCGGUGGGGUGCACAUUAACUCGUCCACCAUCAGCGACGAGGCCACCUUGGCCCACGGUGGAGUCAAGUCCAGUGGCUAUGGGAGAUUCAACAGUACCUGGGGGAUCGACGAGUUUUCCUACCAGAAGGCCAUCACCUUGAGUCACUAG